CUUGCCUGCCGCGGUCAGUCUGUUGCUGGAGUUGUUACAGCUUUGAACUAUCUAACCGUCAGUCCGCCAGUUUUUCCAUUCGACCACAAUGAGGGAGAUCGUGCACCUGCAGGCCGGCCAGUGCGGCAACCAGAUCGGAGCCAAGUUCUGGGAGGUGAUUAGCGACGAGCACGGCAUCGACCCGUCCGGGACGUACCAUGGGGACAGCGACCUGCAGCUGGAGCGAAUCAACGUCUACUACAACGAGGCGACAGGUGGGAAGUAUGUCCCCCGUGCAGUGCUGGUGGACUUGGAGCCAGGAACGAUGGACUCUGUGAGGUCGGGUCCCUUUGGCCAGAUCUUUAGACCAGACAACUUUGUAUUUGGCCAGAGCGGAGCAGGUAAUAACUGGGCCAAAGGCCACUACACUGAGGGGGCCGAGCUGGUAGACUCUGUCCUGGAUGUGGUGAGGAAAGAGGCAGAGGGAUGCGACUGCCUCCAGGGCUUCCAGCUCACACACUCCCUGGGUGGAGGAACCGGUUCUGGCAUGGGCACGCUGCUUAUCAGCAAAAUUCGAGAGGAGUAUCCUGAUCGCAUCAUGAACACUUUCAGCGUAGUGCCCUCCCCUAAGGUGUCAGACACGGUGGUGGAGCCGUACAAUGCGACCCUGUCUGUCCACCAGCUGGUGGAGAACACAGAUGAGACCUACUGCAUUGAUAAUGAGGCCCUGUAUGAUAUCUGCUUCCGCACACUGAAACUCACUACACCCACCUAUGGUGACCUCAACCACCUUGUCUCAGCCACCAUGAGCGGGGUGACCACCUGCCUGCGCUUUCCCGGACAGCUCAAUGCUGACCUGAGGAAACUGGCGGUCAACAUGGUGCCCUUCCCCAGGCUGCACUUCUUCAUGCCAGGCUUUGCCCCCCUGACCAGUCGGGGCAGCCAGCAGUACAGGGCACUGACAGUCCCUGAACUCACCCAGCAGAUGUUUGAUGCCAAAAACAUGAUGGCUGCUUGUGACCCACGCCACGGGCGCUACCUUACUGUCGCGGCCAUCUUCCGGGGCCGCAUGUCCAUGAAGGAGGUGGACGAGCAGAUGUUGAACGUCCAAAACAAGAACAGCAGCUACUUUGUGGAGUGGAUCCCUAACAACGUCAAGACGGCCGUCUGCGACAUCCCUCCCCGCGGCCUCAAGAUGGCCUCCACUUUCAUCGGCAACAGCACAGCCAUUCAGGAGCUGUUCAAACGCAUCUCAGAGCAGUUCACUGCCAUGUUCCGCCGCAAGGCCUUCCUCCACUGGUACACGGGCGAAGGCAUGGACGAGAUGGAGUUCACAGAGGCUGAGAGCAACAUGAACGACCUGGUGUCCGAGUAUCAGCAGUACCAGGACGCCACUGCUGAGGAAGAGGGCGAGUUUGAGGAGGAAGGCGAAGAGGAAUUGGCCUAAACAACAGCAAUGACCUGUUUCUCACUAUGCAAGAUUUAAGUGCUGACAAUAAUAAAACAAAUACCUCAAAAUCAAACAUCUGCAUUGAAAGUUGUUAGAUGAUAACAUUCAAAUAUUGUUCAGCCUUAAUGGGAGUGCAAAGAAAUUGGUUUAAAAAUGGUGUUGUUUUUUUAAAUUUCCAACUCUUUUGCCGUUGCCUUCAUGUCUUGUGUUUCUUCCUUCCUGUUUUGAAUAUGGAUAUUUAAAAUUUUUGUUUCAUCCAAGUGCAUCACCUAACUGCCCCCCCCCCCCCCCCCAUUUACCUGGACAAAACUAAAUUGUUGACAUAUUGUUGAAAUUAAAAUGGUUAACGUUACCACACUGCUAUACACAAGUCUCAGGAAAUUCCAGUCCUUGUCUUAUGUUAAAAUCCCUCUGUUUGUUCUUUGGCUUUAUCAACCUCCAGGUUUAAAUAUGUUUGAUGAAAGAUAAUGUAAACACUUGAAAGCAGAAUUAAAUAAAUUCUUUUUUUGAGAGAGAAAAAA